GGCGCUCUCUUCGCUUCCGUUUCGCGCGCAAAUUACUAAGCAACCAGUUGCACCCGGCGCCGGUUCCUUGGCACGAAAUUCAGCUAAAUUGAACGAGAGUACGGAUAAAAGUCGUCGAUGAAAAUUGUAAUGUCUCAAUAGUGACAUUGAAACACAAAGAUGCAUGUAGUAAAGCAUGGACGCAAGGAACCCGUUCAUUUCGAUAAAAUCACCGCGAGAAUUGAAACACUAUGCUACGGUUUGGACAUGAAUUAUGUGGAUCCAUCCGCCAUUGCGCUCCGUGUCAUAACGGACUUCUAUUCUGGCGCAACAACGGUUGAAUUGGAUAAUCUGGCAGCUGAAACUGCCGCUAGUAUGAUCAAUCAACAUGCGGAUUAUGCAACUUUGGCAGCCAGAAUUGCUAUAUCCAAUCUACAUAAAGAAACAAAGAAGAUUUUUAGCGAGGUGAUAGCUCAUUUGUAUAAUGCCAAGAGCUCUGUUACAAAGGAACGCUUGCCUAUUAUCAGCGAGAAGUGCUACAAAAUUAUUCAAACACAUGCAGACAGAUUGAACUCUGCGAUAAUCUAUGACAGAGAUUUCAAUUAUAGUUAUACUGCAUUUAAAAAUCUCGAAAGUAAUCAUUUGUUAAAACUGAAGGGAAAGGUCGUCGAAAGACCGCAGCACAUGUUGAUGCGAGUUGCCGUAGCCAUUCAUGGUGAAGACAUCGAUAAGGCUAUCAAAACGUACAACUUCUUGUCAAAACAGUAUUUUAUGCAUACUGCGCAGACACUGCAUGCCGCGUGCACUGUCAAGCAACAAAUGGCCAGCUCGUACUUAUUGACAAUGUCUGAAGAUAGCAUAGAUGGAAUAAUGGACACGCUGGAACGAUUCGCUCUUCUUUGUUGCUACAAGGGAGAAGUAGGAUUCAAUGUGCACUGCAUUCGAGCGAAGGGUACACCUAUAAGAGGCACAGGAGGCGUCUCGAACGGACUGGUGCCCAUGUUAAAAGUGUACAAUACAUCUAUGGCCACUGUUUCCAAAACCGGCAAGAGUGAUGGAAGGAUUACCGUGUACUUGGAACCAUGGCACGCUGAUAUCUUUGAGUGGCUGGAACUCAAAAAGGGCAUCGGCGAAGAGCAGUUGAGGGCAAGGGACAUGUUUUAUGCGCUGUGGACUCCAGAUUUAUUUAUGAAGCGUGUUUACGAUGACGAUAUGUGGAGUUUAAUGUGUCCGCAUGAGUGUCCCGGGCUAUUCGAAGCUUGCGGCGACGAGUUUGAAGCUUUGUAUACCAAGUAUGAAACGGAAGGGCGUUCUCGAAAACAAGUUAAAGCCAGGGACCUGUGGCUCUUCAUCACUCAACUACAAGUUGAAACGGGGACGCCGUACAUAGUUUACAAAGACCAUUGUAAUCGCAAAUCGAAUCACCGGAAUCUAGGCACAAUCAAGUGCAGUGGUUUCUCCACUGAUGUCGUUCAGUACUCAAGUUCUGACGAGGUUGCCGUCUGUAACACAGCGUCGAUUGCAGUCAAUAUGUUCGUGAAUUCCUCCAAGAAAAUCUUUGACUUUGAAAAACUGAAGGAAGUGACGAAAGUCAUCACCUACAACUUGGAUAAGAUGUUUGAUGUUAACUUUUAUCCUGUCCCAGAGGCAGAAUCGUCUUCUAGACACAGAUCUAUUGGUAUUGGCGUACAAGGAUUAGCAGAUGCAUUCAUCUUAAUGAGGUAUCCAUUUGAGAGCAAAGAUGCUAAGGAACUCAAUAUUCAAAUCUUCGAAACCCUGUAUUAUGGUGCUCUAGAGGCUAGUUGCGAAUUAGCUGCUGAGAAAGGUACUUAUGAGUCUUACGAAGGCAGUCCAAUCAGCAAAGGCAUCUUGCAGUACGACAUGUGGAAUGUGAAACCAACAGACUUGUGGGAUUGGGACGCUUUGAAGGCAAAGAUCGCCCGACACGGAGUGCGCAAUUCUCUGUUGAUAGCACAAAUGUCUGAUGCGUUUAUGGCGCAAAUGUUGGAAAGUAAUAAAUCAGUUGAGCCGUGUGUGAGCAAUAUAUGCACGAUGCACGCGUUGUCUCGACAGUUUUCGGUUGUCCAGCCACGUUUAUUACGUGAUCUGAUUGAAAGAAAUCUUUGGGACGAGGAUAUGCAUAAUAAGAUCGUUACGAAUGGCGGUUCUAUACAAAACAUUGAAGGGAUACCUGACGACUUGAAGUUGCUCUACAAAACUGUUUGGGAAAUUCCACAACGAGCUGUCUUCGAAAUGGCAGCUGCUCGCGGACCGUUCAUCGACCAUUCACAAUGUUUAAAUGUUUAUAUGAGCAAUCCAUUGGAGAAGCUUACAUCUAUGCACUUUUAUGCUUGGAAAAUUGGCUUAAAAUCCAGUAUGUAUCACCUCAAAACUGAUGGAUCUGUAGUUGAAUAAAAUAAUGGAGAACAAUGAGACGGAAAGGGUGGAAUAGAAAAAUGUAAACCAAAGGCUGAAAUGAAGCGUCAUGCAGAAAUUUGUUUCUUAUUUUUAAUUCAUGUGUAUUUCUGCUUGCUUGCGCGCUGCUUCAUUUAUCUUUUGAUUUACAUCUAUUUACGUCUAUUUUAAAAUGCAAUUUACAAAAUUGUACAAAAACAAACGAUCACUUGAUAUUUGUUUGAUAUAUUGUUAUGUAUGAAGAAAUUAAUUAAAUCAUUUUUAAUAAAA